CCAUCUUUUAUUAUGUUGAAUCCUUAGAUGGGCUUGGGCCCGUGGUUAUAUUGAAGAAAAGGCGAACACGUGGCGACCGAAAAUCAAAAGAGAAAUUAUCCCAAAAACAGUUACGAGUUACGAGCUUACGACAUCCCUCUCCCCGGUCUUCACCAUCAGCUAGUGCCCACCGCCACCGCCGCCUUCCUGGAGAAUUCUUCUCUUUGGUUGAAGACAUGGUGGGUUGGCAGUUGCGUGUACAGUCCCUAAUCCGUCAAGUUGGGAAAAGAAUGGAGAAUUAUAGUACUUCUUCUUUUUCUCCUUGUCAUUUUCCGAAACUCCAGACACCACCUUCUCAAACCAUGUCAAUGCCCCUUUAUCACUACUGUCAACAGUUGGGAAUUUCCAGUUCAAGGAACUUGCUUGCAGAUUUGUCUGCUGGAGUUGCUCCUCUAUCAGCAUCAGAUGGUGAAAACGGUGAAGAACGGGACCGGAAAUCACCUUCUGGACCUUCACAAGUUCAAUUUGUCUUAAAGGGAAUUAAUCAGAGCCCUAAUAAGGUCAACUUGGUUGCUAAACUGGUUCGUGGUAUGCGUGUUGAAGAUGCAUUAUUGCAACUGCAAGUGACAGACAAGCAAGCAGCAAAAACUGUGCAUCAGGCUCUUCACUCAGCCCGGGCAGAUGCAACUUAUAAUCAUGGGUUGGAUCCAGAACGUCUUCUUGUUGCUGGGGCCUUGGUUGGAAAGGGAUUCGUGGGAUUCCGCAAGAACAGACUUUACUACCAUGGUAAAAGCAAUGAUGGAACUAAAGUGAGACCCAAUUACCAGCUAACGGUGAUGCUAAGGGAGAUAGCUCCCGAAGAGGAGGAGGAGAUAACCAAACAGAGAGUUAACAAUUUUCUCUAUCUCAAGAAACGCCUCAGGCUCACGAAGCAGGAAAAUAAAUUUGUUUCUCACUACGUUACCAGCAAUCACAAAGGCAAAGCCGGUACCAGUCAACCAAGCGGUCUGGCUUCGUGAGCAAGCUUUCGUCCCAUGCUUGAACAUUUUGAAAGAUUUUUGAGACACAAAUCGAGAGCUCCUCCUUUGUCAUUGCAAUUCAAUAAAAUGUCUUGUACAAGUGUGAAAAACCAGAGUGUCAAGAGUAGGAUGAAGCGGGCCUUUGUCUCGGUUUCUGUUGUUUUAAAUGCUUAGAUGUAGAAUAUCUCAAGUCAUUUUUAUCUUUAAUUGGUGCAUUGAGAUAAUAUAGUUCUACUUCUUUCUCCUUU